AUGUUCAGACAAUCAGCUCGUUUAUUAUCUUCCAAGAGACUCUUCUCUGUCACCCCACAAAGAUCCAACUUGAUCUCGGAAUUAUAUGUUUCUCAAAUCAAGGCAUUCAAGCCAGUUGCCUUCACUGCUAAGGACGCUGAAGAAUCCACCAAGGCCUUCCAGUUGCCAUCUAAGCCAUCAGUUCCAGAAUCUGAAAUUUCUGCUGAUGCUUUAGCCCAAUAUGAAGCUUCUAACGUUGAAACCGAAACUGUAGGUUCCUCUGGUUCAGCUGCUGCUGAAGAAGACUGGUUUGUUUUCGAAGAAGCUGAAGAAGCUGCUCACUAG